AAGGGUGCCCGCGCCGCCGGAAGGAGCCUCCCGCUUCCAGGCGUCAGUAUAUCCACUAUGGAACCUUCAGACCAGGACGCCGCCUCAGACGACGCCAUGGACUCGUUCCUGGAAAAGUUCCAGAGCCAGCCUUACCGCGGCGGCUUCCGCGAGGACCAGUGGGAGGAGGAAUUUGAAAAGGUGCCCCUAUUUAUGAAGAAUGUGCCAUCAGAAAUUGAUCCCAAGGAGAAUCCUGACUUGGCUUGCCUUCAGUCAAUUAUUUUUGAUGAGGAGCGAUCUCCAGAAGAACAAGCCAAGACCUAUAAAGAUGAGGGCAAUGAUUACUUUAAAGAAAAAGACUAUAAGAAAGCUGUGAUUUCCUAUACUGAAGGAUUAAAGAAGAAAUGUGCAGAUCCUGAUUUGAAUGCUAUCCUUUAUACCAACCGAGCAGCGGCACAGUACUAUCUAGGCAAUUUUCGCUCUGCUCUUAAUGAUGUGAUGGCUGCCAGAAAGCUCAAACCCUGCCACCUCAAAGCCAUAGUAAGAGGUGCCUUAUGCCAUCUGGAACUGAAACACUUUGCUGAAGCUGUGAACUGGUGCGAUGAGGGGCUGCAGAUAGAUGCCAAAGAGAAGAAGCUUCUGGAAAUGAGGGCUAAAGCAGACAAGCUGAAGCGAACAGAACAGAGGGACACGAGGAAAGCAAAGCUGAAAGAAAAGAAGGAGCAGAAUCAGAACAAGGCUUUACUCCAGGCUGUCCAGGCUAGGAACAUCCGGCUCUCUGAAGCUGCUUGUGAGAAUGAAGACUCAGCCUCAGAAGGUCCAGGUGACCUUUUCCUGAAUGGACUCAACUCUGAGAACCCUUAUGGAGCCAGGCUGAGUCUAGAUGACCAGGGCAGGCUGAGCUGGCCUGUGCUCUUUCUGUAUCCAGAGUAUGCCCAGUCAGACUUCAUCUCUGCUUUUCACGAGGACUCCAGGUUUAUUGAUCAUCUAAUGGCAGUGUUUGGUGAAACACCCUCUUGGGACUUAGAGCAAAAAUAUUGUCCUGAUAACUUGGAGGUCUACUUUGAGGAUGAGGAUGGGGCAGAGCUGUAUCAGGUGCCUCCCAAGAAGACCUUGCUGCAAGUUCUGCAGCACCCCAGGUAUGUCGUAAAAUCCCUGACGCCAGCAUUUCUGGUCUGCAUAGGAUCUUCUCCUUUUUGCAAGAAUUAUCUCCAGGGAAGAAAGGUGCACCAGAUCAAGUGACUGAGCCAGGCUGUGGAGCCAGCCCUGGCUCUCCUCCCUUUCCCUCCCCUGGCAUGCUUGGAUUGGCCGGACGCACUCCUGGACGUCAGCAUCUUGUUUCUGCCGCCCUGGGGAUAGUCCUGCCUAGCAUCAUGGUGGGGAAAGGGCUGCUGAUUUCCCAGAGCUGCCCCCUCUGUGACCACCUACUGAGCUGCAGCAGGUCUUCACUCUUCUCAGUUGAUACAGAAUUCUGCGCCUUGGUCACGAAGUCCUUGCACUGUCUCUGAAGGGACCAUCUGCUACAGUUCAGCAGCUGACCCGAGUAACUCACCACCCUGUGGAGACUGACUCAGUGCCCAGUAACAUGGUUCUGAGCCUUUGUAGAGUGAGACACCUUGGGGAAGCUGCCCCUCAGACCGCACACAGACAUGCCAACUGUGUGCAUCGUUUCAGGGCUUUAAGGCUGAGAGACCUGCUUCGGUUAUUUCAUGGGCACGGGAGGGGCCGUGUGGGGCUGCUGUAGAUGCCUUUGGGGGGGAAAUGGGACCCAGGAGCCACAUCCUGUUCUGCAUUUGUGAGGACUGUACAGACGGGGGUCCUUGGUACUCCCGAGUGAUCGCUGGCUUCCUGGCCUUUGUAGUGUGGAGAACUGUGACACGUGGACAGUGGCCUGAAUUCCUCUGCAGUUUUCACGUUUUAGGAUCUUGUGCCUUUUAAAUUGGAAAAUCUUGCACAUUGGGUCACUGUCAUAGGUGUCUGCAGCUGUUUGCUCCCCUUCCGAGAGGAUUUAUAUGUCCAUGUCCUCACCUGUAGCUGUAUGGCUUCUCACAGUAUCACCCCACAUCCCGGGGGGGGGUACUUCCUGUUCCUGAGGCGAAGGGAGGUGAGCAGUCAUGGCCUGCACUGCGUCCAGCAGAAGUGUGAAGACUAUGAGUGUUGGGCUCGUGGCCUUCCCUCUGCUGUGAGAACACUCGUCUCCCAGAGGAGCUGUUCCUUAGCCUAGGUGCCAGAAUGGUAAGACGCGUGGAGCCAUGCUGAAGCAUUAAGGAGGGAGAGACUUUGGUUGUGGUAGGCACCCGGGCUUGGAGGCUGUUUGUUACUGAGCUGACAAUACAUGGUUAAACUGAAGCCAGCUACUGUCCUUAAGAUGGACUAA